CUUUGGUAUUUGCUGGGUCGGUCUUCAGACACUAUGUGUCUCGUGAAAAACCAGGUCGCUGUUUACCCUGGUGGGUGUCUAUUUAUCACCUUUAAGCGCAUGAAGUCUGCCUCGUAUCAAGGAGCGUCGAUUUUUCACGACCCAAACGAUUUUUCGUCUUGCCCAAUUCACGCACUAGCUUUGGCUACAAUUAUGCAGUCGACUCCAAGCGAGUUUCUCAUGGAUCAACUUCCUCGGGAUACACAAGAGCUCCUGCCGACUGAAAUUGGCGAAACGCCGCUCCUCGAACUACUUGAUGCGCGUACCAGGUGCCCAGCAACCUCCAACUCUGAGUCGCCGACCCCAAAAGCACCUGCAAAAAAAGCGACAGUCCCCGGAAUUCACGCGUAUGUUAAUCGCGUACUGCAGAAGUGGAGUGGUGUCUGCCAAACCGAAGGUACUAACCUGACGACAGGGCUAUCAUCGCAUUCAUUUCGGCGUGAAGCUGCUCAAAACGCGAAUAGUGACAGCAAAAUCACCACACCUUGGAUUCUAGACCGUGGAGGCUGGAGCAUGAGUGCUGUGAGCAAAGCGUUCAAUUAUAUUGUUGGCACGAGGCAGGAAGAUCAAACUGUCGGCAAGUCGUUAGCUGGAUGGGAUUUAAAAGCUAGUCCGCGGCUACCUACACUGGAUGACUUCGAUCCUCUGGUUCUGCAUCGAAUUCGCCUACUUCAAGACCGGCUUUUCUCGGCUGCGAAGGGGUUCACGGAGAGACUCAGCUUGCGAGAUGAUGUAGUGGACGUACUUACCGCCACCGCCAUUCUCCACUACCCCGACAUGCUUCGGCUUAGGCCAGAGUCACUGUACAUCAAACGAGUUCAAGAAGCACUAAGUCAGGUACAAGCAACAGAGGCUGAAAUUGCUGCAUGGUCAAUGGCUAUUCAUCGUACCUUACAGCCGUCCAAGAACGACACUCCACGCAGUCCGGCACCACGGCGUGUUAAAGACGACGAACUCGUGCGGAGGCAAACCUUGCUCUUGGAGCAGCAGGCGCAGAUCCUUGGAGGGCUAGCAGCCGAAGUGAAGGCAUUGAACCAGCGGGUGCAGCGGCUUGAGCACCCAUCGGACGUAACCACCGCUCCGUCGACAACAGCAGCUGGUAGCCUGUCGAGCUCGUCCAGCGCUUUGUCGGAUACUGCAAGCGGCGCGGCAACUCGUGCGCAUUCGCGUGCAAAGCCACUCACGACUGUGUGGUACGAGUGGUUUCUGCCCCCGUUGCCAAGCGCGCGUCCAAACCGGCGGCGCUAUCACGAGGGCAAGGUGGCCGUGGCCUUUAUGCGGGUUUUUCUCCCAGCCGGAUACAACGUGACCGGAGAUGAGGUCACAGCAAAGGGACGCAUCCUGAGCUCUGGACGGGAGGCCGAUGCAAACGUUCUUGCUUUCCUGGAGGCUGAGAACGCCAAAGCAAAGUCGCAUGGCACAAUUGUUAAGGUUUUGAAGCGGAUGUAUGCUCAAGGCAAGCUAGACGACCGCAUCAGGAAUUACCAGCGACUUCAGCAGGAAGGCAAGGUUCUUGAAGAUGCACCGGUGCAUGUUCUUGAGCCCUACAACAAUCACAGCACAACGUAA